CUCCGCCGUCCUCGCCGUGCUGCGAAUUCCCCCUCCCCUUCCGCUGACCCACCGACAGCAUUCUGAACGCCUUCCCCGGCCAAAGUGUGCCUUCAGCCGGCUGCGCGGCGUAGGAAAGCCCGAGGAUCCGGUGGUGUAAGAGUGUUGCUUUCGUCCAAACGGGAGCUGAUGGCUGAAAUGACAGCGUUGGAUUCCAUGAUGGAGAUGGGAUUCUCCCGCAACAGGGCGGAAAAGGCCUUGGCGCUUUCGGGGAAUCAAGGCAUUGAGAAAGCCAUGGAUUGGUUAAUAGAGCACGAGGACGACCCUAAUCUGGAUGAUCCGUAUGUCCCUCCGCAGGGCAGUGUCCUGGGAAUGACGGAGAAAAUGGAAGCUGGGGAAGAGGAGUUGGACAUUGAAGAAAAUACCAGGCAAGUUCAACAGAAUGCCUCACUAUCAGAAGAGGAGAAGAAGGAACAGCUGAGGAGGCUGGAAGAGCUGAUGAAGCGGCGGCAGCUGGAGCGGGAGGAGCGCGAGAAGCGAGACGAGGUCAGCCGGGAGAAGCAGAGACGGAAGCAGGGCCAGGAGCUCUCGAUGAUCCGGCAGAAGCUCCAGGAGGAGGAGAUGAAGAAGGUCGCCGAGGAACGCCGAAGGGAGAAAAUGGAAGACAUCAGAGCCAGGCAGCGAGUUCGGGAAAAGAUCGAGAGAGACAAGGCGGAGAGAGCCCUGAAGUUUGGCGGUGGAGUUACAGCUGCAGCCCCUCCGGUACAGCCAACGCCAGUGGUUCCUCAGUCCAGCCAGGCACCUCCGGUGAAGCGGGAGUACGACGAAUGCCGGUUGCAGAUCCGGUUGCUGGACGGCACGCAGCUCACGCAGUCCUUCAAGAGCCGGGAGCAGCUGGCCGCCGUCAGGCUCUACGUCCAGCUGCAGCAGCAGGAGAGCAACGACAACUUCAACCUCAUGACUUCCUUCCCCCGCAAAGUCUUCUCCGAGGAGGACAUGGAGAAACCCCUUCAGGAGUUAGGUCUAGUCCCUUCAGCAGUGUUGAUUGUUUGCAAGAAGUGAGCUUCCCUCAACGUCGCACUCAACUUCCAUUAUAAAGCUCACGGAGAGACCGAGCACGUGGGGCUGCGGUCCCCCCGGCCUGAUCCUACACAGUGCCUGACAGUGAGAAAACAUGCCAUCUCCAGGGCUUUGCAGGGCCUGCCUUCUUUAACAAAAGACUUUGUUUGUCUCGAGAUUAAAGCAAAACGUGAAAUAAAAAAUGGUAAAAUUUUAA